ACCUGGAGGACCGAGUCGCUAAAGGAGGCGGGGCUGGGGGGCGUCUACUGGGGAGCGCGCGGGAGUCCACGUCAGGCCCAGCACCGCCACCCGGCAUCUGCGCCAGCGGCAGAAGGAAAGCUAGCCAAACAAGGGGCAGAGCUGAGGCCAAAGCCCUCGGGGAGUGGGCGUGACCUCUGUUGUCCCGCUCAAUCCCUGCACCCCUUCCCUGUUGGCUUGGACCGAUGAAGCGCACCGUUGGAGGCCAGGGAAGCUGAGGUGGUGGCUAGGGCUCUUGGACCACCAGCGACCUCUCAAUCGCCCCUAUGGCACUACCUGGAGCCGAGGGCACGGCAGACACGCCACGGUCCCCAGGCCGGGGCGACUCGGGGUGCUCCUCCUCCGGGAUGUGGGCCGCACUUUAUGACUUCGAUGCGCGCGGCGAGGACGAGCUGAGCCUGAGGCGCGGCCAGCUGGUGGAGGUGCUGUCCCAGGACGCGGCGGUGUCAGGCGACGAGGGCUGGUGGGCCGGCCAAGUGCAGAGACGCCUGGGCAUCUUUCCCGCCAGCUACGUGGCGCCGUGUGGCCCGGUGCCGCCGCCUGCGCCGCCCCUGCCGCAGCCCUACUCACCGGUGCAUGUGGACUUCGAGCGCCUGGAGCUCAAGGAGCUGAUCGGAGCUGGCGGCUUCGGCCAGGUGUACCGAGCCACUUGGCAGGGCCAGGAGGUGGCGGUGAAGGCGGCACGCCGGGACCCUGAGCAGGACGCGGCGGCGGCGGCCGAGAGCGUACGGCGCGAGGCGCGGCUCUUUGCCAUGCUGCGGCACCCUAACAUCAUCCAGCUGCGGGGUGUGUGCCUACAGCAGCCGCACCUCUGCCUGGUGCUGGAGUUCGCGCGCGGCGGGGCACUCAACCGCGCGCUGGCAGCCGCCGCACCGGAUCCCCGAGCUCCAGGCCCCCGCCGCGCACGCCGCAUCCCCCCUCACGUGCUGGUCAACUGGGCGGUGCAGAUUGCCCGCGGUAUGCUCUACCUGCAUGAGGAGGCUGUGGUGCCUAUUCUGCACCGCGACCUCAAGUCCAGCAACAUUUUGCUGCUGGAGAAGAUUGAGCAUGAUGAUAUUUGCAACAAGACACUGAAGAUCACGGACUUUGGGCUGGCGAGGGAGUGGCACAGGACCACCAGGAUGAGUGCCGCAGGGACCUACGCCUGGAUGGCUCCUGAGGUCAUCAGGUCCUCCCUGUUCUCCAAGGGCAGUGACAUCUGGAGCUAUGGGGUGCUGCUGUGGGAGCUGCUUACAGGCGAGGUCCCUUACCGUGGCAUCGAUGGACUGGCUGUGGCGUACGGGGUGGCCGUCAACAAGCUCACACUGCCCAUCCCAUCCACCUGCCCUGAGCCAUUUGCAAAGCUCAUGAAAGAAUGCUGGGAACAAGACCCUCAUAUCCGCCCUUCGUUUGCCUUAAUUCUUCAACAGCUGACUGCCAUUGAAGGGGCGGUAGCGACCGAGAUGCCCCAGGAGUCUUUCCAUUCCAUGCAGGAAGACUGGAAACUGGAGAUUCAGCAAAUGUUCAGCGAGCUUCGAACCAAGGAGAAGGAGCUGCGAUCCCGGGAGGAGGAGCUGAGUCGAGCCGCCCUGCAGCAGAAAUCCCAGGAACUGCUGCUCAGACGCCGUGAGCAGCAGCUCGCAGAGCGUGAGAUCGAUGUGCUGGAGCGGGAGCUGAAUGUCCUCAUCUUCCAGCUGAACCAGGAGGCUCCGCACGUGAAGAAGAGAAAGGGGAAGUUCAGGAGGGGCCGGCUGAGGCUGAAAGAUGGCCACCGCAUCAGCCUGCCCUCAGAUUUCCAGCACAAGAUCACAGUGCAGGCCUCCCCAACCCUGGACAAGCGCCGGAGUUCAGACAGCCGACUCUGCAGCCCACCCAGCAGCCCCUUGAUGCUCCCCCGCCUCCGAGCUAUCCAGUUGACUUCAGAUGAAAGCAAUAAACCCCGGGGGCGGAAUGUGGUCUUCCGACAAGAAGACUUCGAAGAUGUGAAAAGGAAUUUCAAGAAAAGAGGUUGUACGUGGGGACCAAGCUCCAUUCAAGUGAAAGAAAAACCAGAGGGCCGAGAGCGGGUCAGGCCUCUCUCAGAUGGCAACAGCCCUUGGUCGUCUCUUUUAAUAAAAAGUCAGAAAACUACACCUUUGGCUUCAUUGUUUGUGGAUCAGCCAGGAUCCUGCGAAGAGCUGAAACUUGUCCCUGAUGGAUUGGAACAUAGAAAACCAAAGCAGAUGAAGAUCCCUGGCCAGGCCUAUGUUGGUCUGCCUCUUUGCAAAGACAGCCAGAGAGAGCACCCCGUAGAGGCUGAGAGUCGGGAGGAGGAACCCUCUAAAGGUUCCCCAGUGAACAACGUGGGUGCACCCACGCUGAGGAAGAGAACAGAGACUGCUCUGUACGAGUGUGGGGUGCUGUUGGCAUCGCUGGCUUUGGGCCUGGAUGUCAGGAAACUACACAGAACCCAGGCCCCCAAAAAGCCAUCACUCAAAGAGGGAAAGAAGCCAGAAGGCACUCUUCAGUGGGUCUCUAAAUGCCAAACAAGUACCAGUCCACUUCUGAGACAGCCAUCUGCAGGCAGGGCAUCCAGUGAUGACCCCUCUCUCCUGGCACCAAGUGCCACAAGCCUUUCCUCGAAGUCUUCUCUCUCCACGAAGUGCUUGCUGCAGGCUGAUGAAGAGGAGCCAUCUUUGGGGAUCACUCAGAUCUCUUGUGGUCCCACAAUGCUCACUCCAGAACCCUGUUCUGCUACCCCAGAAAGCAGCUGCGAACUCAUCCCUGGACCAAGACUUAAGAAUGACUAUGGUAUCUUGAGAGGCAUGUCACCUGCCCUACUGGAGCAGACAGGGGAGAAGCUGCCAGCCUGUGCUACUGUAGGAGACAAAGAAUGCCAUCAUGCAUGGAUGGGAUCCAAAGAAACUCCAUUCCUGCCUCAAGGUGCCCAUGGAGACUCUGGACCACCACACUCUGCCUCGCCUGGCCCUCAGAGUGAGCUGGCAAGCCAGGACUCUCCUGUGAAACCCCAAGGUGUUCUGGCCAAGCAUCAGACAUGCCCUGCUGCACCACAAAGUUCACAUACUCCUUCGCUGAGGACAGCAUCUCCUCCCGUCUGGGCCUGUGACAUGGAACAUGCAGUACCAGCCCUUGCCUGUCUCCUUGGUGCCCAGGAGAGAAGCAGGUGCCAGGCACCUUCCUUACUGGACGCCAAUGUGGAAGGUCAGAGGAAGGACUGUGCCACAUCCUUGUGUAGAGUGAGGAGUGUGACGUGCCAGCCGUCCAUCUAUGCCCUGGAGAAAGACUUUCUGACCUGAGUGCCUUUGCCCUCCCAGCAUUACCAUUUGAGGUGGACACAAUGAGGCACUGUGCCUUUGUGCCGUGGCUCACACUUGUGGCCCAAGAGGCUAGUGGCAGAUGUGACUCUGAGGUGUACCAGUGACUGCCGUGGGCUGUCCAUAUUAUGUCCACUGGAUGCUAGUUACCCAGUGACUUGAAAUGCACAGAUGUUCAGUCAGCUGAGGUGGGGUCAUCGUGGCCAGCUUCCACGCUUCGUUCUCGUGGGUGUCUUGCCCACCGGGACACGGCAAAACUGCAGUGACCAACCCUCUUCGCUUCCUCCCCUCAUCCUUGUUCUCUUUUCUUGUCCUUUUGGGUGUUUGUUUGUUUUUUGUACAAUAAAAGCCAAGAAAUGGCUAUUCAUGUCUUGGCAAUAAUAAUGUGAUGUUAGGAAGUAAAGAUAUUUAUUUAUAGAAGGGAAAAGGGUUCUAUUGAUUGGAGUUAAUCUGGAGUCCUAUUUAAACUACCCAGAGAAAGCAGUGGCCUUGUAAUGUGAGAGUAUGUCCAGUUGACUCCUGAAUUCACAGACCAUCCUCUUCCAGGAGGUUCUACUAAAUGUAACUUAUAAAAGUUUUACUGAGGCCCGGAGAGAUGGCUCAACAGUUGAGCAUGCAUAUAGCUCUGUUGGAGGACCCAAAUUCAGUCCCCAGCACCCACGUCAGAUGGCUCACGACUGCCUGUGACUUCAGUUCCAGGGCAUCUAAUGCCCUCUCCUGGCUUCCACGGGAGCUGCACACAUGCAUAUGCCACCACACAGACACAUAAUUAAAAGUCAAAAUAUUUUUUUAAAGUUUUAUUGAAUGUAACUAUAUUGCUAUUUUUGUGUCACGUGACUAAAAUACCCUUAAAGGGGGGGGGGAUUACUUAUUUUGUUCAUGAUUUCAGAGGGAUCAAUUCAGCCUUGAGGAGGGAGGACCUGGUUGGGUGGCUCACACCAUGGUGGACAGCAAGCCGAAACAGGCAAGGAUGCACCCUCACUGAACUUCUCUCCCCGGUUUCUGUAGCCUCCCCAAACAGUACCACGACCUGAGGACCAAACGUGUGCCCAUGGAAGAUGUUUCAGAUUCAGAGCUCAGCAGUAAUUGCCAAGCAUCAGCUGAGAUCAGGAAUUACUGUUUGGCCAUCAUCACAUUUUGUGCCCUGCACAAGGCUGCUCUGUAGGUUUCCCUGCAGAAACCGUCUCUUCCUUCAUUAGUAGCCAGAGGUGGGAAAUUUCUUCACGCUGCAGCCGAGUCUUUAAAAAUUAAAUUAUCCAUGGCUAGCUGUGUUUGAAGAGCCUAUGUGCUGUGGACAUACAUAUUGUGUGAUUUUAUUUUUCUCUGAGCCUGCAGUUUUCCCGGCACUAACCACACUGCCAGCGCAGGAGAUGGCAGGACUUUUGUGUGUGUGUGGGGGGGUCCACUUUGAGCCAUUUCACAUUUCAUUUAACUCCGAGUAAACUUGGGCAUCUGUGGGGCUGAACAGGCAUGGCAGGAAGACACUAUGAUUUCUGGAAGCACUUCUAAAAUGUGUCUUUGAGCCGGGUGGUGGUGGCACAUACCUUUAAUCCCAGCACUCGGGAGGCAGAGCCAGGUGGAUCUCUGUGAGUUCAAGGCCAGCCUGGUCUACAGAGCAAGAUCCAGGACAGGCAGAGAGAAACCCUGUCUUGAAAAACAAAACAAAAGAAAAAAAAAAAACAAAAAAGAAACUACUAAUAAAAAAUAAAAAUAAAAAGUGUCUUUGGAUAGUAGGUGGGAUUGGAAACAACUUCAAGUUAUUUAUGUAUCACUUUCAUAAUUUCACAAAUAGAGUGCCACAUUGUUGAGAAGGGGUGGCUUUUCUGGAGCUUGGUGAAUUUGCCUGGGUCUUGUGACUACCAUAAUCCCCUUCUGUCACCAGAAUUAGUUAUUUGAGGGACAGGCAGUAAAUAUUUAAAGUGUGACACACAGCAGGAAACUAAAUUAUCAAUAACCCUUUCAUUUAAAGGUGUUUUAUUUAAAGUUGUGUCUUAGUUUAUCAAAUAAUGACAGAAAUCUGAAGGGAAUGAUAUCAGGUGCAUGACAUCUGAGUCACAUACAGGUUUGUGAGCAGGUGACCUGCAGGGAGAUCUCAUUGCUGGCUCUAGGCAGAAGGUUUCAGAUGCGUGGAGCAAAAUCUCAGGCUUUCACCAGACCUGUUCUGUUGUUUUCUGCCCUCCGAUUCUGCUUCUCCUCAGUUGUUAUUAAAUGGUGUGAGAGGGAUGUGGUUUGCUCGACAUUUGUCACGUUGGAUAGGCCAGUGGGCUGCUUCUUUUCAACCAAUCAUUUGAAGGGAAACUAAAAUUUAAAGAGAUAUCCCAAAUACCCAGGGCAUGGAAGGGAAAUACGGAAAUGGUUUUUAAAUACAGAACUUAGCUUUGCUCCUGUCCCAGCAUCCCAUGCGUGGGGUGUGCAGGUGAUGGAGAUGGUGGAACUGGGCCUGUUAGCUGUGUCUGUCUUUCCACCGUGCCCUUUCCCACUCUGUGUUCCAGCCUCCCUUCCCGUCAUUCUGUUCAACUCUGAUGAAUUUAGAAAUGAAGCCAUGCGAAAACGAUCAUUUCAAUAUAAGGAGUCAGUCUGACUCACUGUUGCUGGGGGUUACCUGCGCCGAGGGUCGCUGAGGGCACACCUGUGGUUUUCUGUGCAUGCUGCACACCUGGCAGAGCCUGGCUGUUCAUUUUCUCUAGACCUCAGCAAACUGGGGGAUCCUUUAAUCUGGUUCCUGUUAAUCCAUACUGGGCUUUCCCCUCCCACGGCAGAGACUGACAGCUGGGGGCUGAUACGCUAUAUUCAGAAGCCUGUGGCUGACAAAAAUGUUUACAUAUGUUGUCUAUUUUUUAAUAAACCUUUUAUAGCUUGUC